AUGCACCUUCGGCCGCUGACCAAGAGCCCCGGCAAGGCACCGCCGCCACUGGGCCCGAUGAGUGGCUCGCCGCGCAAGCAGCGAAUGCUCGCUGCUGCUGCUGCUACUAAGGUGAGCGACGUCCGCGCCGCCGACGCGUUCAGCGCAAACGACCUCGUCUCGAUCCUGCCGGGCAACUACGCCGCGUGCGACGCCAAUGGCACGGGCACGCUCCAUGACAUUCUGCUCUUUGACCAAAAGCUUCGGGAUGCCACCGCAGCCGGCGUUCAUCUCGACGCCACGCAGUGGACGUCGUGGGACAUGGCACGCGCGAACCGCGAAUGCGAGCGACCGGUCGACACGGCGUCGCUGCGCCUCCUCACGUCCAACAAGCUCACGCUCGAGAUUCUCACCAGUGACCGCGGCCAUCGCGUCAUCCCGUCGCUCAUUGCGCAGUGGGACCAAGACAAGUUUUCCGACAACGGUCUUCGCCUCUGGAACAUUCUCGACACGUUCUUCAACUCGCUUCCGUACGUGUUUGUACGCGCAGACGAGGUGCACACGAAGCUCGUUGUGCGCUACACAAGUGCGAUGGCGCAGCUCAAGACCGCACUGGCCGACGCACUCUUUUGCUCGAACCCAUCGGUCGCGGCCGCUGUCACGGCGUCGCUCGCGCCGUCGCACUGCGAGAAGCUGCCGCUGUACCACUACUGCCACCAGCUCGAGCGGGAGAUCCAAAUGCUCAAGAAUAGCUCGGCGGAUCAAUCCUGGGAGAUGGUGCACGCGACCGAUGUCGGGCUCAUGCAGGACGCGACCGCGCGCCUCCUCCUCGAGUACUGGAAGCUGCCCAAGCGUGAGCGUCUCGCCUUCCUCGCCCAGAUCUUCACGCACAUUUCUGAAAUGGAAAUUGAGAUCGUCCAACUCCUCCUCGAAACAAGCACCUUUGUGUUGCGCCGGGCCCUCGAAGAGCUCGGGUACGAAAGCAAGCAAGAGCGACAGGCGCGUCACGUCCACACGAUGACGAGCCUCGUCGCCAAGUCGGUGACGGCGACGCUCGAGGCCAAGAAACUUCGGCUGCAGAACGAAGCAAAGCGCAAGGAGCUCGAGCCGAUCUCGCUCCGGCACAAGGGCAUCCAGGUCAACAUGGACGACGACCUGUUGCCUGCUGUCAUGUCGCCGCCGCAGACGCCGAAAGAAAGCCUGUACUCGCCGCGGCGGUUCGUCGCCAACCGCGAAAAGAGCCUGCAUUUACUCGCCGAGCACAAGGCUGGGAAAGAGAGUAAGAACCGCGUUUUGGUCAAGGACCUCUGGACGGUCGCGGCGCUCACCGACAACCUCAUCCACCACCUCUCGACAUUUGUCGAUACUGGCAACGACAAGCACAACGUCCCGCUGCAGGUGCUGUCGAUGAGCUCGCUUUUGCUCGAGUGGCUGCGCUUCGAGAAGACGCGCGCGGUAUCCAGCGCCAAGGACGCGACGAUGACGCUCCACGCCAACCCGCACUACAAGCAGUGCAUGGUCCACAUGCUCCAGCUCUUCAUGGACCACGACCAUGCGCCGCUGAGUAUCAAGACCGAGGCGCAGGCGCUGCAAGACUACAUUCUCAACCAGCGCGCGCCGGCGCACAUGCCUGGGAAACCUCCUUGCAUGGACGAAGAAGCGCUGCACGCAGCACCGAGUGUACAUCCGUCGGACGUGCGCAAUUUCCUAAAGCUCGGGUUUCCAGCCGAGAUCGCGUCGCACCUCGUGACGAUCGCAUCGGACACGACGGCGCUCGAGAAGCAGUCGCAUUUGAUUCUACUCAUGGAGCAGCUCGAGCGAUACACGCGCGACACGCUGCACAAGCCGUCGGCCAAACCCUUGGGCUUUGGCGACCGCCCUCUCUCGUCCGAAGCAUCGCUGCUCGACAAGAUCAAGGGCUUGAUCGCGACGGCCAACGAAGAGAACCGAGAGGCGAUCGGCCACCAAGCCGCCGCGCUCGUCUUGGGCUACACGACGACCAGCCGCAAGCCAUCGUCUCUCGCGUCGGGGCACAUGCGGACGCUGGACGCAGAGAGCGUCUGCCACGUCCUUCUCACGAAACUCGAGCAUGAAAUGCAGACCGGGCCGCUGCAGCACUCGACGCGGCGCGAGCUCACGCGGCUCCACUCGCUCGUUGCGACGUUCGUGCAUGCGGAUGACGCGCCGUCGACGACCGAAGCACUCUUGGCGCCCGACCACAUUCAAAACAGCAUUUCGUGGCUCGGCGCGCUCCUCGCCCAAGCACUGCUGCAAAAGGCGUCGCUAGGACCAUCGACCUGUGCGAUUUUGGAUGCCUUGCACAGCCUCUUGGUCAAGACGCAGGCCAAGAUGCACGGCGCGUCUGUGCACGCGUGUUUAGCCACCAUGGUCAAUGCGCUCCAGCUCGCCAACGACAAGAAGGUGCUCUCGGACUUUAUUCAGGGCCUCGACGACCUCCAAGCGACGCUCAAAGCUCUUUUGCAACCCCUCGGAGCGACUAAUGUGCCAUGGACCAAGCCACAGGAGGCGCCAUGGGCCAUGUCGGAUGCGGCCAUCGAUGCGGUGGUCACCGAUGUCCAUGUCGACGCCACGCCCGUCUGCAUUGUGCAGCUCGCGAACGAGCUACGGACGCUCCACGAGGCGAAUGUGGCCGCGGCGACAGCGCCCAAGCCGCGCCCGAACCUCUUUCCUGGCCUCAUGGCGCUGGAGAAGGAUAAAGGGCGGCGGCCGCACGUGCUUGGCAUCUCGGUCGCCGAGCUCUCCGAGAUGUUUAGCGACAACAAGGUCGUUCUGAACCUCAGCACCGUGCUCAAGCUCCUCUACCAGAUUUACCGCGAGCGGUACGAGUGCAACCUCAGCGACCAAGACAGCGUCGGGUCCACGGCCUUUAUCGACUUCGUGUACGACUGGUACCUCCGCAAGUAUGGGCUCCGGAAACUAGCGAUGCAGCACCUCGCCAAGCUCCUCCUCUCGCUCAAGAAACACCGCAAGCACAACAAAAAGUGUCUUUUGUUUAGCCGCUUCUUGGGCGUCGAGCUCCCCGCGUACGAGUACGGGACACUCAACUUUGCUCUGGGACUUCUGCAUCUCUGGACCAACGGCUCGUUCUUGCUCGGCGCGAACGCCUCUACCAAAAUGCCGCUCGCGACGCUGCUCCCGAUGCUCGAAGACAGUUAUGACAAGCGGUUUGGACCCUUUUGUUCGACCGAGCAGAUCAAGGCCAAGGUGACGGCCAAGGCGUGCGUCGACGACGCGUCGCUCAUCGACCAAGACGCGGCUCUUGAGAUCGCACUGGACGAAUUUGGCGUCAUGCAAGGCACCGUGGAAACGAUGCUGCUCGACAUUUACGCGGCUGGUGACGUGCUCGGGCACGACGACAUGGGCUACGACGAGUUUUCCAUCGUGCUACACGACCUCGCGCCCUGUAUUUCGGACCGCGACACCGCAAGACUCUACCGCGAUGCAGUCGCCGAUUUCUCCCUCGGCACGGUGCCCCGGGCGCGCUUCGUCGCCGUCAUCCUCGACAAUGGCGUGCUCUCGACACGCCAAAACAAGUUCAAGGCGUCCGGGGCAGCCUACCCGACGGAGUACGAAGACGACCAGUUUGCGGCACUCGACGAGACGUGGCAGGCCACCGAGAGCGACCUACUCGCUGCGGUGCAGCGGAUACCGCAUGCCGAGACCGCUGCGUCGCUGAACCUGCGCGUUCGCAUUCUCAAAAUGAUUAUCGCGAAGAAGAUCGACUCGGAGACCGCGUGGGUCGCCUACCGAACGAUUGUUCGCGAUGUCAACCGGUUCCGAGACCUGCAACCGGCCGAGAUCGCAGCGAUCAAAGCCAAAGAAACCACGUUUAAAGAUGCUGUUGCGCGCCUCACGUCGGUCAAGUUCAAGCUGCUGCGCAAAGCGUCGACGGCAACACACCCUACUGCCACUAGUAGUCGUAGCCCGUCCUCAUCAGUCGUGGCCUUUGUCAACGACUUGGACGAGAAUGCUCUCGAGACCGACGCCGCGCCGGCGGUGGUGGCGCAGCUUGAAGAGAAGCUUCGGGACGAGCUGCUCCGGCUCUCGGACGCACCGGACGCCUCCAAGCUCGAAGCCACCCUCGACUCGUACGGCGUCGCCGUCCAAAAGGUCCGCCGCGUCAACGAAAAGUACGCCAAGAUCUUGCGACGUGUGACGGUCGCCAUGAAAGCGCUUGCACCAGCAACGACGACAACGACAGAGUCGGACGACGCGUAUGGAGGCGACGAGCAAGACCGAUAG